AUGCUGUCCGUCAUCUGUUUGCUCCUUCUGCUGCUGGCGGUGAGCCUCCGCGGCUCCUCGCCGGCGGACGUGCCGGACUUUGCGGCUCACUUCGGCUCCAAGACCCGAUACGAGGACUCGGCCGCCUACCGGAGGCGAGCGGAAGGCGACCUCCGGACCUCGCCGUCGUCGCCGAGGACCCCCGGCGGCGAAGGCUGCUCCCCGAUCCACCUGACCGCCGUCGUCCGCCACGGCAGCCGCUACCCGACCGUCAAAAACAUCCGCGCCAUCCGGAAGCUCAGCGACUUGAUCGGCUCGAGCCGUGGCGCCGGGGCGGCGGCGGCACGAGAGGGCGACGCGGCCAGGAGGCGGGACGUCCUGCGCCGCUGGAACAUGUGGUAUACCGACGACAUGGACGGUCAGCUGGCGGCCAAAGGGAGAGAGGACCUGCGGCGGCUGGCGAGCCGCCUGGCCGAGGCCUUCCCCACCUUGCUGGGCGAGGACUCGGUGCGCGGGGGCCGCGUGCGCGUGCUGACCAGCUCCAAGCGCCGAUGCGUCGCCAGCGCCGAAGCCUUCCAGGAAGGACUGCACCAAAGAGCCGACGUCACACCCGUCAGCUACCGCCAGCGAGUGGACGACGGGUUGCUACGCUUCUUCGACGACUGCCGCGGAUACGUGGAGGGCGUGGAGAAGAACCGCACGGCGCUCCUGGAGGUGCACAAAUUCAAAGACGGGCCGGAGAUGGCGGCGCUGACCCGAAAAGUGGCCCGCAAACUGGGCCUCCCCGACGGCGACUUGACGCCGGAUCUGCUGGAGGCCGCCUUCUAUCUGUGCUCCUACGAGCUGGCCGUCAAGUCGCUGCACUCGCCGUGGUGCUUCCUCUUCGAUCGCGACGAUGCCAAAGUUCUGGAGUACAAGUGCGACCUGAAACUGUUCUGGAAGCGGGCGCACGGGCACGCCAUCAACCUGCUGGCCAGCUGCCCGCUCUUCCAUCACGUCUUCCGUACGCUGGACAAGGCGGGCCGGCCGCGCAGGUCGACGGAGCCGGCGCCGGAGCCCGCCUCCGUCCUGGUGGGCCACGCCGAGACGCUCCUGCCGUUGCUGGGCCUGCUGGGCCUCUAUAAGGACGAGACUCCGCCCACCGCCGACAAUUUCCGCACGCAGCACGGCCGACUAUUCCGCUCCAGCCUGCUGGUGCCGUACGCGGCUAACGUGGUUCUGGUUCUGCUUGACUGCGCGCGAGGCCCCCGCCUGCAGCUGCUGGUCAACGAGGCGCCCGUUCGAUUCCCGGGCCUGCCGGACGAGGACGCGCCGCUCUAUCGCGACGUGCGCGCGGCCUACCGCCACCUGCUGGACGGCUGCGACUUCCGCAAGGAGUGCGAGGGCGCCGCCGCCGGGCGCCCGCCCAACACCGAGCUCUGA